CACUCAUAUGGAGCGUCCGUGAGCAAGCUAACAAGUUCAGCAUCCACUGGCAGGUGGCAGGUCGAUCGCUUCUUUCAGCCAAUCAGAGGCCGUCUCAGAGUUUGUUGCCUGUUACGCCCAGGUUACGCCCACGAACCCCGCAGAUGAUGCCAAACAUCACCCUUCAGUUCGUGGUCGUUUUUUUAAAAACACCUGAAAUUUGCGUUUAAUCGCUCGUGUCAGCUUGUUUUGGGACCUGGUUGGGACCUCAGAGCCGAUCUGACUGACCGAAAUCAGCUCAAGAGCUGCGCUAAAAGCUGUUGGACCAAAAUUUUGGCGUUGAGGGCAGUGACGGCGUAAUGGAGCCACCUGAGGGGCUCGAGGCCAGCAAUUGCUCGAGGUUUCGCAGUUUAAGGCCGAGAGACGGAGGCUUAAGUCCACCAGGUGAACGCACGCCAUUCGGGUGCGACAAUGCCAAUCGGCAGUGCCACGCCAGCUGCCUUUCCUCAUGGGCGAGCCGUAGGGCGGGCGUCUUCGCCAGAAGAGGCUCUAUGAGCGAUGCCCAAGCAGGCGCCUCUUGUAUCAGCUCAUUCGGGUGCCGCCGCUCAGCUUCAAGAAAGCGUUCAGGCUGUUCAUGUGCGUAGGUCGGCUGCUUGGAAAUGCAAAUUCAGAGGUUGUGCAAGCGUGGAAGGCAAAUACCGGGCAGUAUUCUUCUUUAGGGUUCCCAGGAAACAGGGCCAGGCUGUCAGAUAUUGAUUUCUUGAGCACCACAACGAUCUUCAGCAAAAUAAUUAAAACUGAAGCGCACAGCAUAAAUGUGGCCGCCCCCCGCUGACCGUCACGUCGGGUGUUGGCCACCUCCGCUGCGGCUACCACCGUUUCUGGCCGCCAACCCCCGCGGUUCCCAUGGCCGUCACUGACGCCGGACCCGCGAGAGCUGGCCCUCGCCAAGGCCAACUACCCGCGCGACCUCGUCAUCGACGGCCUCAGCCGAAUGGUCCGAUACUACGGAGACGAGACCUUUAUUCUUUUAAGUUAUGAUGACCCACGCGAAGUGUCCUUCUUCCCGGAAGAGAGGACGAUCGAGUUUGAAAACGACUACAAGGUGACGAUGAUGAUCGGCUCGCCGCCCAAGGACGUGAUGAUCGGCGGCUCGAUGCACCGAAUCAAGCUGGGCGCGCCGACCAGGGAGUUGAACAUCGACGGCGUCGACUACGGCUGCUACUUCGGCGGCGCUCCCAUCCAGAUCAAGCUCAACGGCCGCCCCAUGCGGGUGCAGCUGCACGGGCCGCCGCCCAGGGUCAAAAUCGGCGAGUUCAGACGCACCGACUACUGUGCCGGAAAGAUCACAAUGAGCAUCGACGCCAUGGCGCACGUGCCGGUCUUCCUGGACGCGACGCAUCAGCUGGUGCAAAUCGGCGGAGUGCCGCACGUCAUCCGCUUCGUGGACAGCCUGCGGCGGGUGCUGAUCAACGGACAGCCGUUCGUGUUCGACUACGGCGGGCUGCCGCAGCCGGUGUGGGUGCACGGCCACCGACACUACAUCGGCCUGACGGCGCUGCCGCCGGGUCUCGUGCCGGGCCGCGUCAUCCUCGUCAACAUGGAGGGCGGCCGGCUUCCCAGCCCGCCGCAGACCGCUCAGCCGCCGCAGGAGGAGAGCCACGUGCCCGCCCUGCCCAUGAUCGGCGCCAAGAGCAGCACCAGCGUCGCCAUCAAGAAGGGGCCGCUGGACAAAACUUCCGAGCCAAGGAAGACGCCGCUCACUCGUUCUAUACUCAAUACUAAGCCCCACCUGGACGUGCUGUCCAACCUGAUACCGUCGGCACCGAUUGCGUCGUCGAGCAGCUACAGCUACCAGUCGCACAAGGACAAGGAGGCGGACAAGGAGGCCGCCAUUCCAGCCCUACCUGCCGACCUGGCGGAGCUGAUGGCCAAGCUGACCGAACACGGCUUCAUUCAGAGCGCGAAUGCGGUGGAGGGCAAGAAGAAGGAGGAGGUGGAGAAGAAGGAGCAGUACAAACCAGUCACCUUUGCCCCCGAAAGCCUCAAAACGCGUCAGACCGGUGCAUACGCAGGAUUGUACUGCGGCAUCCAGUGCAGCACGUGUGGCCUGCGAUUCGCACCUAAGCAGACCCUGAAGUACAGCCAGCACCUGGACUGGCACUUCCGGCAGAACCGCCGGGACAAGGACAGCGCCAAGAAGGGUCAGAGCCGAAAGUGGUACUACGAUGUCUCGGAUUGGAUACAGUUCGAGGAGAUCGAAGAUUUGGAGGAGAGAGCUCAAAGCCUGUUCGAGACGCAGGCAGAGGAGGAGAAGGCCGAGGAGGGUGAGGUGGAAGUGCCUUCCGUGGCCGCCACGGAGAACGAGGAGCAUUGCGAAGUCUGCCACGAGCACUUUGAAAACUUCUUCGCGCAGGACAAGGAGGAGUGGCACCUCAGGGAUGCGGUCAGAGUCGAAGGUCUAGUCUACCACCCCCACUGUUACCAAGACCUUCAGAACCGCUUGAAUAACACGGCUGAGAGCACAGACAUGAACGAAUCCAGCAAGGAAGAGGAGGCCGAGGAACCACCCAAGGUGGAAGAGCCGGAAUCUGCUGAAGUCGCGCCCGAGGAGGAGAAAAUGGAGGUGGAACAGGAGAUUGCGAAGGUUGAGGAAGCGGAGGAGGACAAAGGGCAACUAGUGAAGGUCAAAACCGAGCCACACUCGGAAGAUGAAGUUCCUGAACAGACUGCCAAAGCGGAGGCAGAAGUUGAAUCCACGGCGAUGCCGGAGGUGAAGUCCGAGCCGAUGGACUUUGAGGAGGAGGACGUGGCGCCGCCACUGGUGCAGGCGACGGUGGACACGACGACGAGCGAGCUGAAGAGCUCGAUCGACGGCAACGUCGAGUUGAGCGACGCGGCGACGCACGUGGCGCCGCCGGCGGCCAAGAUCAAAAUCACGACUCCGGCGCCAGCGCCGCCGGUGAAGCAGCCCGAGGAGGCGGCGCCGGAGGCCGAGACGCCCGAGGCCGAAGAGGACGAGGCGCCGAUGGCGCUGCCGCGCGACCUCGAGUUCGAACUGAAGCCGCGGCUGCGCGGGCGCAAACUGACUGAAAUGCCGCCGGAGCUGAAAGGGCGCGAGGACUCGGCGCUGUGUUCAAUCAUGUGAUUUUGCCGUCGGAAUUUUCCCGAUUUCGGGACGGCGUCCGUUGUUGCGACGCCGGCCGCCGGUUAAUUUGCUUUUUCGCCGUCGCCGCCGCCGCACAGACCGAAAUAAAGUUGUUGGACAAAAACAUAA